GCUCUUUCCCCUUCCCCUCCCCCUCCACCACUCUCUCUCUGGAUCCUCCUCUUUCCCUCCUCUCUCCUCCUUCGAUUCCCUUUCCCCUUUUCCUCCUCCAAUUCUCGAAGAUCCGAUCGAGUAGCUCCAGCUAGCUAUUCUUCUCCACGAUCGACUUCGCCUGCACGAUCGAUUGCUCGUCGUGUGAAAAUGGAGGAAUCUGGAAGAGGAACCGGCGGUGCUGAAGUGUUAGUAAGAAACUACAAAAUUGGGAAAACUCUUGGCAUUGGGUCAUUUGGGAAGGUGAAAGUUGCAGAGCAUAUUCUGACUGGCCACAAAGUUGCCGUCAAGGUUCUCAACCGCCGCAAAGUAAGAAGCAUGGAAAUGGAAGACAAAGUAAAGAGGGAGAUUAAGAUACUAAGAUUAUUCAUGCAUCCACAUAUCAUACGCCUUUAUGAGGUCAUAGAAACACCUACAGAUACUUAUGUUAUAAUGGAGUAUGUUAAAUCAGGCGAGCUGUUUGAUUACAUUGUAGAGAAGGGCAGGUUACAAGAGGAUGAGGCUCGCCGCUUUUUUCAGCAGAUCAUAUCUGGUGUUGAAUACUGCCACAGAAACAUGAUUGUUCAUCGUGACCUAAAGCCUGAGAACCUGCUACUGGAUUCAAAAUGUAACGUUAAAAUUGCCGAUUUUGGCUUGAGCAAUGUUAUGCGCGAUGGCCAUUUCCUGAAGACUAGUUGCGGCAGCCCAAACUAUGCUGCCCCAGAGGUGAUCUCUGGUAAAUUAUAUGCAGGGCCUGAAGUUGAUGUUUGGAGUUGCGGAGUUAUCCUUUAUGCUCUUCUUUGUGGUACUCUUCCCUUUGAUGAUGAGAAUAUUCCUAACCUGUUUAAAAAGAUAAAGAGUGGGAUAUAUACUCUUCCUAGCCAUUUGUCGGCUUUAGCAAGGGAUUUGAUUCCCAGGAUGCUAGUUGUUGAUCCUAUGAAGCGGAUGACAAUUCCUGAAAUCCGUGAGCAUCCAUGGUUUCAAGCUCGACUUCCUCGUUAUUUGGCUGUGCCUCCACCUGAUACAAAGCAACAGGUUAAAAAGAUUGAUGAAGACACACUUCAAGAGGUAGUUAAGCUGGGUUUUGACAAGAACCAGUUGAUUGAGUCUAUUCAAAAUAGAAUGCAAAAUGAGGCAACUGUAGCAUAUUAUUUACUUCUGGACAAUCGCUUCCGUGCCACUAGCGGGUAUCUCGGUGAUUAUCAAGAAUCUAUGGAUGGUGGCUUUGCUCGAAUGACUUCCUAUGAGAUCCCAACUGCAGGAGUUGCACAUCGUCUUCCUGCGUACACAGACCCUCAUGGAAUUGGUUUGAGGCCGCACUUUCCUGCUGAAAGAAAAUGGGCUCUCGGACUUCAGUCUCGAGCUCACCCUCGUGAGAUCAUGAUGGAGGUCCUUAAAGCACUGCAAGAAUUAAAUGUUUAUUGGAAGAAAAUCGGGCAUUAUAACAUGAAAUGCAGAUGGUCUCUUGAAUUUUCUGGCCAUAAUAACCAUGGAUUUGGUGAUGAAUCAGCUAUUGUCGAAAACGAUAGUGCAAUUGAGAAAUCACCAAACGUUGUCAAGUUUGAAAUUCAGCUUUUCAAGACAAAAGAGGAGAAGUACCUCCUCGACUUGCAGAGGGUCAGUGGGCCGCAGCUCCUCUUUCUCGACUUAUGUGCCGCCUUUUUGGCUCAACUUAGGGUCCUAUAAGCACUUGGGACUGGAUGCAGAGUUGCAUUCUUUCGGCAAUGUGGAACGGCUCCUUGUUGUAAAUUAGCAUUCGGUUGUUUUCUGUUUUUUUUCUUGUUUGGGGGGGGUGGGAGGCUAUCAGGCUUUUUAUUGCUGAUUAAGAACCUGAGAGAGGCUAUAUUUCUUGCCAUAUGACUGUUGUUGGAGAUGAACUUUAUCUUGUUUAUAGCGGUCUUGUUGUAGACUUAGUGGUUUGUACUGCACCGGUCUUGUUGUAGACUUAGUGGUUUGUACUGCACCGAGCUUUCCUAGUUAUGUAUGGGACAACUAUAAUUUCGGCUCAGGCAAGCAUCCUAGCUUGAACGGCUUUAUAUUAUUUACUGCUUUCCUGCUUUUUGGUUC